AUGAGAAGCAUCCAUGUGAAGCCAUCACAGCAAUCUGCUGCCGCAGGCGGCACGGAAGAGGAAUACAUCGAGCGUGAUCAGCUCCUGCAGGGCAUCGUUGACUUGAUUGAUGCCGCAGCUACAAAGAAGAAGGCGUUAAAGCAAGUUCAAGAUAAGCGAGAGACCGAUGGCCACCUCGUCCGUGAGGCGGCGCUCGUGAGUUUGAAAAGAAAAGCUGUCGACGACGAAGUGUCGCCACUAAAGGGGGCGGAGGCGAACGAAAAACGACUCAUUACUGCAGUGAAAGAGGCUGCCUCUGUGGUUGCCACGUUUACCGAGAUGAUGCUGGAAUCAAACAAAAUCAAUGCAGAAGAAGUUGCGACCAAGAAGGAAGAAAUCAUGCUCGCCCAGCAGAGGUUGGAACUCGAACGCGCACGAUAUGAACUUGACAAGGCUGAGCGUGAAGCCCGUUUUGCAGUUGAAAAGGAGCGCGAGCAUCGUGGAAAAUUGUACUUCAUGGACGCGAUGUAA